UGAUAAAAUAAUUCAUCCCUUACUCAAAACAAAGAAAAAUGGUUAGCCCUCCACACCUAAAAUCCUUGCAACAUCUUCCAGCUUUAUCAAUGAAGUCUUCUUCUUCUUCCACCACCUUAACACACAUGAAACUCAAAACCCUAUUGCAAACCUUCAUUUUCUCGCAAGUAUGCCGCCUCAUUCGUGCUCUUGCAAAGGCAAAAUCGAUAUUCAUUGAGAUUGUGAAGAACAAUAUCCACCCUAAGCAGUUCAUUCUCUCUUCAAAGACAUCAAAAUUAAACAAGCACAAGAAGAAAAUUUUUUUCGGGUCAUUUCGAUUGCACUAUAACUGGUGUUCCUCGCAUGUCACACCAGUGCCGGCGCCGAUACUCAAUGAAACAAUGCAUUCUUACUAUGAUUCUACAUGGAACUCAAUAAUUUCAACUGAGCCAAAUGAUCAUGGUGAAUCCGAACUCUCAGGAUACCUCCAUUGGCUCGAAGAAAAAGUUUGUGAUAAUAAUAAUGCGUCAAGUGAUCAGAAGACGAAUGAAAUAGAUCGACUGGCUGAUGUUUUCAUUGCAAAUUGCUAUGAAAAAUUCAGGUUGGAGAAGCAAGAGUCAUACAGGAGAUUCCAAGAAAUGCUAGCAAGAAGCAUGUGAAGAUGGCGUGUUUUUUACUUUUUAAUUUUAAUUUUGCUUUCCCUUUCUUCUAUGCUUACACACAUUGGACAAUGGAGGGGUCGGAAAGUACAGUGAUAAUUAUUGGGCUGACUAGUUUAAGACUUCUGGUUUUUAAUUUUAGUUUUCUAAAUUUAAAUUUAAUUAGUAGUUAGGAGGAUUCUGAGAGAAUUGUACAAUAUGGUUUGUGGGUGUUUGUGUGCAAUUCUUAUCAGAAAUUUUAUGUUGACGGUUUGCCA